UUUAUAGCAUAUAUGUAAUACACAUUUAUGAAUAUAUUAUUUUUUUCAAAAUCUUGCGCUUAAUUUAAAUAUUUUGUGGUAAAAUAUAAUUUUGCUUUAAAAUGCAGCAUAAAGAGAGAGGUCCCGAGGAGAGCCAUGAGAUGAGAGAGCAGCGUCACAUGCAGGUCCUAUAUUCGAGGCAUACUCGAGAACGACAAGUUUUUAUGCAAGAACUUAAUGAGAUCCGAAGACGAAAAGAAAAAAAUGUGUUAAAAACUGUUAAAAAACUGAUUGGUCCGACGUGGUUGCAAGCCCUUAGUGUACCUCAAAGAAAUGCAUUGAACUCUUUAGAAUUCUCUAUUUAUCAGGAUAUACUUGAAGGUCGUCCUGUAAGAACUGCAAGUAUUAUGCGUCAACUCGGAUUAUAUCCAAGACCAAACAAUGUAGACCUUAUGAAUUGUGUUCAUUUUGGUCGUGAUGACCCGAAAAAAAUGUUAGCUCAGCUGUUUCUUAUUACCUACGGACAUCCGAUAGAAGGCAAAAGAUCAUUGUACGACCUUAAUUCUAGACUUAUAUUAUCGGCCAUCUUAUACCUGGGCCUUGAUAACUUACUGGAACUUUUAAGAAAAAGAUUUAGGGCUACAGAUGUAAAAGAAUCACCAGAGAAAAAACCAAAAACAAAAAAUCUUACUCCCUUACAAUCGCCAUAUUUGCAAGAUAUGAUUGCGGUAUUAUAUUUGCCACCUAAAAGGAAACCAUUUAAACCACUUCCUCUUCCAAAUUUAGACGAUCUUAACGAGCCAUAUGAAGAAGAGCCUACCAUACCCAAACCGCCACCACCUCCGCCUCCGCCUCCGCCUCCUAAAAAGAGACUACAUCGCUCGUUUUGUGAUAAGUUAGCAGGUUUCGUGAAAAUUGAACCAUACUCUUCGGUCACCACAGUCGCUGUAAAAACUUUUACUCAAAGAAGCCAAGGUCAUAAGCUUCGAGGAUCUAAAAUGUGUGUAGAGGUAAAGAAAAGUUAUGGUAUCAGCAUGUCACGACCGAGUAAAAGUUUAAAACGAAGAAAGCUUACUGCUCCUAAUACUGGUAUUCCAAAUGCGCAAUAUCAGAUCCACGGUGUUUAUAAAAUACACGGAAAAACAGUAUUCGUGCUUGGAAAUGUCUCUAUAUUACCCCCAGAUGGUGAUCUGAUUAAUGGUGGUUAUAAAUAUAUCGGCGGAGAAUACAUUAACAUACAUUGUGGUUUCCGAGCAAAACCACCACCUCCGAAACCUGAACCUUGUGAUUGCGUCAAGAAAUGGCAAAACACCGUGUUGAAGUAUGUGAAGGAAAAUAAAUGUGUAUGUGGACAUCAUUACGAUUAUGGAAACGAAGGCACAUUUGGUCCAGAAGAACUCCCAUACUUUCAAAAGGCAACGAAAUUUUCUCCUUAUCAAUUCAACUAUCAAACGAUUUACAACCUCGAUCAAAAGCAUCUUUACAUCGAAAAAGAAUUUAAAAGAAUUUGGGACACAGACAGCGCGCUUCACAUAGGUGAUGGUGUUGUCCUAGAAAAGAAAGAUAAGAAAAAGAAAAAAGCUAAAAAAUCUUCCGCAACGUGUCUCGGUGAAGCUCCGAAACCAGAAGACUACUUAAAAUGUGCCUUGCGCCAAAUGAGGCGUAUCAAUAUUGCGGCUAAAUUACCAGAUAUUCAUUUAGUACCCGAAUUGAAAGAGUGGAUGAGAAUGCGCAUUUACGGUCCCUUCACGCGAUAUGCGAAGAAAGAAAUGUUACGCAAAAGUAUAGCUUUUUGGCAGACGUUCUUGACGUUAGCACAAAAGAGUUUCGGGCAUGUUUCUCCUAAGAAAGACCCAAUGUAUGCUGGUCACACCAAUUGGAUACAUAAACAAGAGUUGAAUGAUAAAUUUCGGAAAUCCUCUUUUCAAUAUAAAUUGGAGCUAUAUAGGUCAUACGCGAGAAUAAACAAUUUGCUGUGGCGGACGAUGUGCCAAGCGGAAUUCCCAGAUAAAAAGUUUCGUGAAAUAUAUUUUUCAUAUCUCUAUGGUCGCAUAGAAGAUUUGCACUUAAUGCAUCCGUAUAGCACAAAAGAGACGUUGGAACGUAAGUUUGCUAUGGCCAAGAAGCGAUAUGUUUGUCCUCCCCACGGUGUUGAGCCACAAGAAUAACUUUUUGUCAUAAAAUCACUGGACAUUAAAAUGCAUUUUCAAUUUAAUAACGGUAAUUAUGUGUCAAAUAAUGAACCUGAGUCAUAAAAAUUGCUAAAAAUAGGUAUAUAUUUAAUAUAGAUAUAGUCGUACGUCCUAAA